AUGUUCUCUCGAUCCGACGUCCAGGCAGGCUUCCUGGACCUCGGAGGCGUCUACCACGUGAAUUGCAAGGACAAGGUGUCAAGCAACAGGGGCGGCCGCGCCUCCAACGGCGCAGCCGUGCUGCUGCUGAAGCUCGAAGGCCUGAGGGCGGCGCUGACGUGGAGCCUGGAGCAGUCGACCUUUCAGUCCUCGACGUCAGGGGCCUUCCUGUGCGUGGAGGGGCUGCUGCUGGUGUGGGCGCUGGGCGGCGCGGCGAGGAUUUUCGGCACGAAGGGCGGCAAAGGCGGCGUGGGCACGAAGGCCGGGCUGCAGACGCGCGGGGCCUCCGCCCAGGAAGCAGGCACCCUGCAGUUCGUGCUGGCGGACCCGUGCGGGCCGAGCAAGGAGCCCUUCGUGUCCAAUGCGCUGGAGGCGCGCUCGUUCGAGACCGACAUCUGCAGCGGCAAGAUCCUCGUCCUGCACAAGCCCACCACCGAGCCAGAGCGCCUCCAGUCAGGGGACUACCCGUACGCGUCCCACAUGCACGGGCGCAAGCGCACCUUCGAGGUGAGGCUCCAGAUCUGCUUCAAGAGCGUCGAAAAGCUGAGGACACACAAGGUCUACUUCGGCGCCGAACUCGACCGCUUCUACAAGAUCGGCGCUCUCGAGCUCUAUUUCGGGAGGACCAUCAACGACAUGAUCAAGCGGUGCGCCACCGGGCACUACCAGUCGUACGGCGACGACCCCGACAGGGUCGCAGGAGAGCUGGAGCGCCCCUGCAACGUGUACCCUCUCUGGGUGAUGGACCAGCUCGAGAUCACGCCCGCGGGAGAGAAGCCUCCCGAGCUCGCCAGCGACCAGUUUCCAACGCUGGGAAUGAUCAAGGCGAAUGACCGUAAGGCCAUGAAGAAAACAAUCGACGAGCUCGAAUUCCAAGUGGGAGUCACCUACACGUUCGGAUUCUGGUGCGUGUCCCAGUUCGUG